AUGGGUCUUCUCUUGGGAUGGAAUAUCGUGGUUGAUGCGAUUGAUGUGAUUGAUGUGGUUGAUGCGAUUGAUGCGAUUGAUGCGAUUGAUGCGAUUGAUGCGAUUGAUGCGAUUGAUGCGAUUGAUGCGAUUGAUGCGAUUGAUGCGAUUGAUGUUCAAUAUGUUGAGGCUGAAUUGGUUGAGAUGGGAUAUGUUGAUGUGAUGGGAUAUGCGGUUGAGGCCGAAUUGGUUGAGAUGGAAUAUGAUGAUGUGAUGGUUGAAUACGUGACUGAAUUGGUUGUGACUGAAUAUGAGGCUGAAUACGUGAUUGUGACUGUGAUGGAAUAUGAUGCUGUGACUGUGGAAUAUAUGGUUGCUGUGGUUGCUGUGAUGGCUGACUAUGUGAUGGCUGUCUGUGUGAUGGCUGCUGAAUUGGUUCUGCUAAAUUACGCAUUCUCAAUUUCCCUCUUUCUAACAUCAUCCUGUCUUCAUUUGUUAACUGUCCUGGAUUUGAUUGGAAUCCAGGUCGACGUGGAACACUAUGAUGAGUUAGAACACUGUGAUGGAUUGGAUUGUAAGGUGGCUCUGGUUGCAAUUCACCCCCUUCUUCAAAUUCCAUGCUUUCUACUGGUGUAA